UCGGCACGAUCGACGCCGCACGAUUUAACAAUUAACCCGGCUGAUUCUCGAAAAAAAGAAACAAUUAACCCGGCUUAUCAAUCAGAUUGCAGAAACGGAGCUCCAGGCUCGAUCGCCGCCGCCGCCUGCCGGUGCGAUGGCCAUUCGCCGACGUGACAUGGUUGCCCGUCCCGUGCGACGGUGUAGAGAGAAUCAGGCCGGAGAUGGAUGCGGGUACACACUAUGUCGCUGAGGGAAAUCUUUGAUCUUUCCGGCCGGUCAGCUAUGAAGGCAGAUUCAUGUGCACGGUGGCAGUGGCUGGGUCGGGUCGGGAGACCGAGCGUCCAAGUCGCCGGGUGGGACUCCUGACCCAGCAGCAUACUUGACCAGGAACGAGGAACCCGGUCCGAGCUCCAUGAAUCAUCGUCGCGGUGACCUCUCCGCCAAGGCAAGGCAGCCCCUCCCCCAAGUCUCCCUGCGCGAAUAAAAGGCCGGCCGACCAGUCACAACUCGCCACUGCACCAAUAAGCCGGCCGGUCCGUGCGUGCGAUCCAAGAGUAUCAGUAUACUGUAUACGUGGCUAUAGCCAUGCUCGGGAGGAGAAACAAUGGGCCGCCGACGACGUCCAAGCCCCGACCGGACGGCGCGGGCCUCGCCGGCGCCAGCACCGUCGUCGCCGACGGCGGGCAGGCGGAGGUGGCCGCGUCGCAGUUCGUCGUGCAGCUAGAUGAGGCGGCUCGGGAGAGGCUGGAGCGCAUGAACCGGAGGCUGAGGCUGCUGGAGCAGCAGAUGGAGAUGCUGGAGGCGGAGGUUGGGAGGGCCAGCAGUACCGCCGACGACUAGGAGCAGCGGCGCCGCCCCUGGUCGGAGAGACGAUGGAUGCAAGUAGAAGCCUUCCUUUUCUUCUUUUCCCUUCUCAGCUUCUUGCUGAUGGAAGGACACGCACGGUGAUAGUAUCAUGCGCUUGUUAAGGCGUUAGGCCUUUUUCUUGUAGUGAUGGAAGAACAUGACCAUGACUAUAGUGAAUCACGGUUGUAUUCCUGAAGCUUUUUGCCACAUUUUUCCUUUGAUCCCUGCUUGGUUUGAGGGGUUUGACUGACUCUCAGGCUCGUUGCGGAAAAGUAUGGCUUCGUCUCCGGUGGAAAAUGGCUGCCGUUCCAAGCAUGCAAGUACAUGAUGGAUCUCUGAAUUGUCGCUUGAUGUACGAUUACCUCAGCACCUUAAAUUAAAGACUUCAUACCA